AUGCGCUUCGCAGCUCUUGUCAUAGGCCUAUUGGCCACCUUCAUUUCCUCGGUGGCCGCCACGGCGCUGACCUACCGACUCGAAGCCAACGAGAAGGCCUGUUUCAAUAGCUAUGUCGACCAAAAGAACGUCAAGGUUGCUUUCUACUUCGCGGUGCAAUCCGGCGGUUCCUUCGACGUGGAUUACUCCGUGAUCGCGCCCGGCGACAAGGUGAUUCUGGACGGCACCAAGGAACGCCAGGGCGACUUUGUGUUCACGGCGCAGAGCAUCGGCGAGUACCGGUUCUGUUUCAACAAUGAGAUGUCGACGUUUGCGGAGAAGAUGGUGGAUUUCGAGAUUGCGAUCGAAAACGAAGAACGCGCCCAGCUCCCCUCCCGGCAAGGCGCCAGCCCCGAGCAGGCGUCGGCGCUGGAGGAAUCCAUCUUCAAGCUCUCCGCCCAGCUGUCGACCAUCUCGCGCAACCAGAAGUACUUCCGCACGCGCGAGAACCGGAACUUCAGCACCGUCCGCAGCACCGAGCGCCGGAUCUUUAACUUCAGUGUUAUCGAGGGGUUGAUGAUGGUUUCCAUGGCCGCGUUGCAGGUGUUUGUUGUGCGGUUCUUUUUUCAGGGGGCCAGGAAGGGUUAUGUUUGA